UGCCGGCUGGAGCCGCCGCUGCUGCCGCUGAGGGGUCCCGCUGCCCCGGGCCCUCUUUUGGGGUGUGUGGAGUUUCCCCCUCCCUGCUGCAGAUUGUCCGGAAGACCUCCCUCCCACCAGCGGUGUUUUAUAGCCCCGGUGUGUUUUAUAUUCCCGGUGCGGGGAGGGUCCCUUCCCUGGCUUGGCCGGUGGUACCGGAGAACGGGUACAGGGCACUUGCCAGGCUAGGCGGCGGGAUGCUGAGCCCCUUCCCUAGCCCUAUUCCAAGCCUUGUGGGAUGAGGCAGGAGCGGUGAAGAGUUACGGGGUGCCACCGGGAUGAGGCGGCAGCAGCCGUCACCUCUCCGGGGCUCCGGUGCGGCGGGAGCGGUUCGUGCCUUGGGUACGGCCGGUCAUUUUUUUAGCUCCUUUUCCGAGCGGCUUUUUGGGCAGAAGCACCGGUGCGCUCCGGUUGUAGGAGAAGUUGGAGUUGGCCGUGUAACCCCUUCAGCCCUCCGACUGCCGAGCCCCGAUGUUCCCGGUGCCGCCGUGCGCUCCCCGCUCUCUCCAACGGCUAAAGAACGGAGGAAAAGCAGCGGAUUGAUGGGAAGAACCAAAACGAUCCUCUCCAGCCCCUUAGACCCGUCUCUCCCCGCAGCUUUCCCGUCUCUGGGCUCAGUCCCGGACACUCGGGAAGGCAGAGCCGGGGCUGCCCCGGCCGAGUCCUGCCCGGUGCCGGCGGCUUUGCAGCGUCCGGAGGAGGAUGCGGCACCUCGGGGGCCCGAUCCAAAGCUUAAAGGAGUUGUGGAAGAGUUUCUGUUGCCCUGCUGGCUUUGCAGUGCUGUGGACGCUUGCUUCUUGGAGCCUGGCUGCGUGGCCGAGGCUGGGGAGGGAUCUGUGAGGUACUCGGAGCUUUGGGGUGAGCCCAUGAAGGUAGGAAGCCCGAAUUUUCUGAUCCCUGCCUACAACUAA